CCGGCCGAGCUCUGCCACAUCCCAGCCCUCGUAGCUCCAGAAGUUGCCCGGGCGUCAAGACAUUCGGAGCCGGCGCCCGCCACGGAGCUUGGAAGCCAAAGCGAGCAUGCGCACCGGGGCGGGGCAGAACGUUGUGGCCCAGUCUCCUGCGCGCUGCUCCAAGAAGGGGCGGGCCUCGGCCACUCGCGCUCCGCCCCCCCAAGCCCUCGCUGCGCCUGCGCGCUGGGGACAACCGUUGUAGGGCGCCCACGGCCCUGAGGAGGGACUGUCGCGGCUGACACCCUCUCUUUUCGGCCCUGAGGUACCCGGCCUGGUGGCCCAGGACGUUCCCGUCGCAUGGCGGAGUGCUGCGGACGGUGCCUAUGAAGUCCUUAGUCCUAGUUGUGCUGUUGCUAUGGCUUUCAUCCGUGCCUGCCUUUCCGAGUAUAACUGUGACGCCUGAUGAAGAACAAAACUUAAAUCAUUAUGUAGAAGUUUUACAGAACCUAAUACUAAGUGUUCCUACUAGGGAGCCAGGUCGUGAGGAAAAAUCAAAGUCUCCAAAUAAUGCUCAUUCUAUAGGACCAAAGUUAUCAAGAUUUAAGGAGAUAAUUACACAUGGAGACACUUCAACUGAAAAUGAUGUUUUAACGAAUCCUGUCAGUGAAGCAACCACAGCUUCUCCCACUGGAGGCUUCACAAUGCCAGGAAGGAAGGAAAAAUCUACUGAAAGUACAGCAUUCUGGUCAAUUAAACCAAAUAAUGUUUCGGUUGUUUUACAUGCCGAUGAACCUUAUAUUAUUAAAGAGCCAGAGCCAGAGCCAGAUUCAGAAGUAAGAUCCACUGAGGCGCCAAAGCCAUUGCCAAAUGUCACUAAAUCAUCCACAAGUCCAGAUGUCACCCCUUUAAGUAGGAGCACUGACAUGGAUACUGUCACAGAACCAGAAGAUGUUCCUCAGCUCUCAGGCGAAUAUACAGUGGGAACACUUGAAACAAUAACAUUUGGAAGACACCCACAGAUUUUGAAUAACGAAGACAUUUUGAAAAAAAUUUCAGAUAUUAGUUCACAGGUGCGACAGGCACCUCUUGUUGAAAGCCUCAAGCCAGAAUACAGAGAGGACAUUCGAGCCUCUAGAGAGCACCUAAAACGAAGCCUUGCUUUAGCAGAAGCAGCAGAACAUAAAUUACAAAAAAUGUAUAGAUCCCAGUUCUUACCACUUGGCCGAAGCAGUAGUGGAAUUGAUGACAUUGAAACUGUAAUUAACAUGCUGUACAAUUCUAGGUCUAAAUUAUCUGAAUAUUUGGAUAUUAAAUAUGUUCCACCAGAGAUGAGAGAAAAGGCUACUACAGUCUUCAAUACAUUGAAAAAAAUAUUAUGUGUAAGUCAACUAGAAACUCAAAACCUUAUUAGGAAGUUAUUAAACAAUAAUAUAAAAAUGUUGCACCUACUUGAUAUUCCAUGACAAAAAUUGAAACGAACUAUGCAUUCACUUCACAGAAGAAAUAAGCACAUUAGUGAUUCACAAGUUGUAUAAAAAUAUUUUCUACUGUUCAAUGUGCCAACAUCUCUACAUGUCAUAUGUUCUAAAAUAUUCUCAUGUGCACUAAAGCCUAAUAAUUUAAAAUAAAAUUUUGGUUCAGGA